AGGUCAAGCAGCUAGUAGCUCUGUAGUCGGUGUCAUUAGCGUUCUCAAUGCUAACAUGCAUGAGUUUCUUAUAUUGUUGUCCUAAAAUAUUUGGUUUAGCAUUUUGUUUUUUGUUUACAUUUUAUAUCGAGAACCAUGAGGCGGUUGUUUGUUGUGAUAAGAAGUCUGAAGUUCAGUGGGUUUAAGAGGAAUGUGGAAGGGCAAUAUCUAAAAUUUGUUGCUUAAAUUUACACAACUAUUUUUUUUCCCUAAAAUGAUUUCCAUUUUACAUAGCCUCUCGAAGAACGUGAAUGCUGUUUUACUCAACCAGUCUUGUUGGGUUGUGCAGAAGGUGGUACAGAGGCAUUUAAAUUUAUUGGAAUAUCAGAGUAAAGUGCUUUUACAAAAUAAUGGUGUUGCUGUUCAGCAGUUCAAAAUUGUUGAAACUACUGAUGAAGCAGAGCGUCUACCUCAACAGUUCAAAGUAGAGGAGUAUGUUGUUAAAGCCCAGAUACUGGCUGGGGGUCGAGGACUCGGAUAUUUUGAUAAUGGAUUCAAAGGUGGUGUUCACAUAACGAAGGACCCUGGUGAGGUGCCGGCCAUUGUUAAGAAGAUGAUAGGUCAUCACUUAAUCACAAAGCAGACUCCUAAAUCUGGAUGCCUCGUACACAAAGUUAUGGUAGCUGAAUCAGUUACUAUAAUCAGGGAAGUGUACAUCUGCAUUUUGAUGGAUAGGGAACACAACGGCCCUGUGAUCAUUGCGUCAGCGGCUGGAGGAACAGACAUAGAGACAGUGGCAAAAAAUUCUCCACAUUUGAUCAGUACAGUUCCGGUGGACAUUGAGGAGGGGGUGACCGACAAACUGGCAGAAGAAGUUGCCCAAGUGUUACAGUUCAAAGGCAGUCUGAUCAAAAAGGCAGCAUUGCAAAUAAAAAAACUUUGGCAAUUAUUUUUGAAUGUUGACGCUGUUCAACUUGAAAUAAACCCGCUAGUGGAGACAGAUAAGGGAUGUGUAAUUGCUGUUGAUGCCAAGAUCAGUUUUGAUGACAAUGCAUGGUUCCGUCAAAAAGAAAUUUUUGAAAUGGAAGAUAAAUCUGAAAUUGAUUCAAGAGAAGUGGAGGCUUCCAGAUACAACUUGAAUUACAUUGCUAUGUCUGGAAAUAUUGGUUGCCUUGUGAAUGGAGCUGGUCUUGCAAUGGCCACAAUGGACAUAAUUAAGCUGUAUGGGGGAGAACCAGCCAAUUUUCUUGAUGUUGGAGGGGGAGUGCAAGAAGAGCAAGUUCUUAGAGCUUUUGGAAUUCUUAUAUCAGAUGAAAAAGUAAAAGCAAUCUUGGUGAAUGUUUUUGGAGGAAUAGUCAACUGUGCAACAAUUGCAAGGGGCAUUGUCAAUGCUUCAAGAGAGAUGAAUUUGACUAUACCUCUGAUUGUCCGUUUGGAGGGAACAAAUGUGAAAGAAGCAAAACAAAUCCUUGCCGAUUCAGAGCUUCCUAUUCUGUCUGCAGACAGCUUAGAUGAUGCAGCAAAGAAAGCUGUGGCCAGCAUUCAGUAAAGAAAUCAACAUUUUAAGCAAAAGUAAACAAUGUUAUUGAAGUUUAAUAACUAAAACCCACCAGAUGAUUUUUUUUUUGCAUUUAUGUAUAUUUUUACAAUAAAUAUUUUCAAGUCCA